AUGAUCGAAUGGACCACAAUCUUCACCUGGGCCCGCGGCAUCCCCGCACUCCUCCUCACAGCCCUUCUGGUACUAUACUGGUACAUCCGAAUCCCAUCCGACCUGCCCAAGAACAUCCCAAUCGUCCCAAUCUAUAUCUCACUUCUAGGCCUAUGGAGCGACAUGGGCCAAGACGCCAUUUUCGACCGAUGGCUGCGCACUCCCCUCGAAAAACACGGGGCUGUGAGAAUUUGGUUCGCGGGACGCUGGAACGUCCUCGCCACACGACCACAGUUUUUAGUGGACAUGUUCCGACAUGAGGACGUGUACGCCAAAGCUGGAAGUCAGAAGAAGAUUCCCUGGAGUGUUAUUGCUGCGCUAGUGGGCGAUAACAUUAUCAAUGCGCAUGGGGAGAACUGGAAACUUUAUACUUCCAUUAUGAAGCCUGGAUUACAGAGGCGGAUUACGAAGUCAGGGCCAUUGUUGCAGAAAUCAAAACUUUUUGUGGAUAUUCUGCUGGAGGAGCAGGAGAAGCAGGGGGAGAAGGGUGUUUUGGUGAAUCCAAUUAUACAGCGAUGGGCACUCAGCUGCAUGGGCAUCAGUUUCAUGAAUGUUGACCUUGAGGCAUUGGAAAGACCAGGGCAACGUCUCGAAAGUCUUCAAACAAUCAUUAAAAAGUCCCUCUUCAAGCCCUUGUUCUUCAACUUUCCCGACCUAGACAAAUACCCGACCAUCUUUCCCCAACGCCGUGCAGCAUUCGCCAUCAUGCAAGAAUUUGGCGACCUCUUGGUCUCAACCGUCCAGCGCCGAACCCACACCACCUCCACCGACGGCGAACAAGUAGUCGACCUCCUCGACCGAGCGCUCAAAGAAAAUAAAAUCACAUUCGAGCAAUACCGCGCCAAUCUAAAAGUAACCUUCCUAACCGCCCACGAAAACGCGCAACAACUCCUCAACUCAACCAUCUACGUCCUGGGCACCCACAAAACAGUUCAAUCAACCCUCCGCUCCGAAAUCCUCUCUACAAACAUGACCUCCCCACCCCCGACCUCCUCAACUCCCUUCCCUACCUAA